CCUCCCGCACACGCACCUCAGACCGCUGCCCUCCACCUUGCCCCCCCCUUGAGAAGUCCCGCUGCUCUCGCUCCUCGCCCUGCCAAGCCCUCCCAGAUCUGCUGUUCCCACGCCAGUGGCCUCGUCCCUGUCGAUCCCUCCCGCUUGCCGUCCCUCCGCUGCCCCAGGAGAGCUUAUCAGUCAUGGCGCCCUCCGCCAACUCGCCCAUCGCGCCGCCGCCCAGCUCCAUCCCGCGCCUCGCUGCGCGCGGCGAGGCCGAGGCGGCCAAAGUGACGCCCUUCUGGGCCACCUUUGACCGCAUGCUCAGCGAUGCCUACUGUGCGCGCGACAACCCCAGCGGCAUCGUCAACCUCGGCAUUGCCAACAACAGCCUGAUGGAGGCCGAGCUGCUCGACUUCUUCCACCGCUCUCUCUCCCUCCACGCCAGCGAUCUCACCUACGGCACCUCCCUCUUCGGCUCCACGCGUCUCUUUGCCGCUCUCUGCUCGCACUACAACUCGGCCGCAUUCGCCCCUGUCUCGCCCGUGCUGCCUUCACACCUCAUCACGGGCCCCGGGUGCGGCAGCUUGCUCGACCAGGUCUUCCUUCAUCUCGCCGGCGAUGGCGAUGCUGUGCUUUGUGCGGCUCCUUACUAUAACGGAUUCGAUGCCGAUCUCAACACGCGCGCCAACGUCACCUGCGUCCCCGUCUUCUCGCCAAGCACCGACGGCACGAGUGCCGUCGACUUCAGUGGCGAGACGGCGCUGCGUGGCUUCGAGGCGGCGCUGCAAGGCUUGCAUGCAAAGCACAUGACAUGUGCGGCGGUGCUGCUGUGCAACCCGCACAACCCCUCGGGCAGAUGCUAUGAUCGUGAGGCCAUGCUCGCUUAUGGCCGCUUUGUCGAGAAGCACGAUCUGCAUCUUGUCGUCGACGAGAUCUACGCACUGUCCACGUACAAGUGCAGCACGGCCUUUGGGCCCGAUCAGGGCUUCAUCAGUGCGCUCAACAUCGAUUGGCUCAAGGAGGCCGGCUGCCAUCCGGGACGCGUGCACAUCGUCUCGAGCAGCAGCAAGGACUGGGGCAUCAAUGGCUUCCGCGUGGGCAGUCUGAUCAGCCAGCACAAUCCCACGCUGUUGAAGGCAAUGAUGAGCACUGCGAAGCUCUACAUGGUCUCCUCUCCCUCCGACGCACUCUUCUCCGCGCUCCUCACCCACCCGACAUUCUACGGCGCCUUUAUCCGCACCAACCAGGCGCGCCUGGGCGCCGCCUAUCGACUUGUGACUCAGUGGCUGCAGCACCACGGCAUCAACUACUCGCCCGCCAAUGCGGGACACUUUGUGCUGGCCGACUUGGAGCGGUUCAUGCCAAGACUGCUGAAUGGAAGGAAGCUGACGCCGCAGGAAGGCGAGACGGCUCUGUGGGCUAGAGCACUGGAUCAUCGUGUCUGCGUGACGCCGGGCUCAAACUACCACCACCCUCGGCUCGGCAUGUUCCGGCUCACCUUCUCGCUGCCCGCACCCGCCAUGCUCGAGGGUCUCUCUCGUCUCGAACGCGCGCUCGGGCUGUCUCCCUGGGCGCCUCCCUCUCCCUCUGCUCCCAUCUCCCUCGGUCUCACGGCAGCCGAGAUUGAUGCUCCUCUGCGCGAAGCGGCGCUUGCGCCGCCCGGCAAGAUCGAGCACUUCCAGCCGGAGCCCAUGAGCGUCAGCAAGGCGCUCAGCCCGGGAGCUCAGGCCGUGGUGACGGCGCUGUGCGGAGGCAUGCCGCACCUCAGCCUGCAGGACAGCGACGAGACGCCCGAGACGCCGAAGCAGCAGAAGCAGCAGCAGCAGCCCGAGAAGGACCGACGCGACGAGGUGCACGCCAAGCUGACGGAGCUUCUGGCUAUGAUGAAGACGGCACCUUGCGCUUGUUAACUCGCCCUCUCUCGCGCUUUCACCUUCCUUCUCCUCCACCGCUCCAUCUCUCCGACGACUCUACCUUCGCCUCGUCUCUGUACUCUGCUUAACGACCACCUCUAUGUGCUGCCUCGGCCCCCAUCGUCGGCUGGCCGACACCGCCUACCUAGCUCCCCUGUGCUCCAUCUCUUCUGUCCCGCCUAGCGACUCUGAAUGCGAUGCAUCCCUCCCUCCUCGUCUAUGGUAG